AGCAUUCCACAGCAAGGCAAUCCAUCGCAAGUCCGUGCAGCCUAGCAAAAAGCUAUACAACAACCAUCCGUGUGGAAGAAACACUCCUGCAAAGUAUCGAACAUACAAUGGCUUCCUACAAGGUGCUCGGCAGUCUCAUCGUCGUCCUGCUGGUCGUCCUCGCCUUGAGUGGACACGCCGAGGCUGGAUACCGGAAACCACCCUUCAAUGGCAGCAUCUUCGGCAAGCGCAGCGGAAACUCGAUCGAUUACGAGGGCAACGCGAAGGUUCUAUCGACCAUGUGCGAAAUAGCGGCCGAGGCAUGCCAAAGCUGGUUCUCGCAGGAACAGAAAUAAGACCAGACCGCAGCGUUCGCUCGCUUCUCGCCUUUCCCGCAGACAGACAUAACUGGACGAUUUGGUGUGCUUAAGAGAUGUUUUACAUUACGCUACAAUAUGGAUCGCGAUUCCGCUCGAGUGAGCCUGUUCGUGCCGCGCCCCAUCGCAGUGGGCUGAGGGUUCUCAUGUAAGCGUUCUAUUCCGGAAUAAAAUGUUUUGUGUCAACAAUCAGC